CAAGAAAUAAAUACAUUCUCUCAUACAUACAGGCAAUAUAGUCACAUUGGCGCGUUUUUCAGUGUCAGUCUGCCUUCCUGAUCAGUAGAGUGCGGACCGUCUGUUUUUGCAGAAUAUUGUUUAAAGUACUAUUCGCAAAAUGUGGUUUUCAAAAAUGACACAAAAUUUAAUGUCAAUUUUAGUUCUUGGAUUUUGCAACAUUGUUUUCUCUGUUUCUCCUGUCACAACAAUUAUAGGCGGAAUAACAAAUGUUGCUACAAGUGCGACAAAUUUCUUAUACAAAGAGGGAUCAGGUAUUUUGAAAUUAUUGGCAGGAGCGGUCGACAAGCCAAAAAACAUCAUCCUUAAUGCAACAAGCCUAAUCGACAGUGCCGCAUCGAGAGGUUUGGAGUUUAAGCUAAAGAGGUUUCUGGAAAAAUUUCGCAAUAGGAUGCCCGAUGGGAUUCCAGAUCUUGGGAUUCCACCACUAGAACCGCUGAUAAUAGAGCGUGCAAUUUUUGAAACUGACAAUCCUGAAAUUGGAAAAAUGAAAUUAGUAUUGAAAGACGUAAUUGUAGAACAGCUUUCAAAUUUCGUGGUGGACAGAGCCAGACUCAGUCUAAUAGGACCAACGAUUUCUGUGAAUAUAACAGUUCCCAGGAUUGACACACAUGGAUACUAUAAUGUAUCCGGUAUAUUGGGAAAUAUGUUUCCUCUUCGUGGAUCUGGUCCAUUUGCAGUUUUAAUUUAUGGUUUUAAAGCAUAUGUACACACUAUUCUUGGUUAUUCCCGAGGCAUGUACAUGAAAAGUUUUGAUCUCGACUUUUCAAUAGAAUCAGUCGAUCUUGCUCUUGAAAACUUGAUGGGAAAUCAAGAAAUAAGCAAAGUUAUGAACGAGGUGGUUAAAGAAAUUGCUCCAGAGGCAAUAGAACUUAUCAAGCCGGAAAUUUUGCCAAAAAUUCAAGAUUACAUUUUGAGCAGAGCGAAUGAUACAAUGUACCAUCUGACUAUGCGAGAUGUACUGCACGUUCUUAUAGGCGAAACUGAAGUUCGAGAUUUUAUAAUUCUCCCAUAAGAGUCUUUUUGACACCCAAUCAAGGUGGCGAUUUCAAAUUCCCGGGCUUUCCCGGUCAAGUUUUUUUAUUUUUCCCGGUCAACUAAAAGUAGAAUGUUUAUAUGUUUCGAAAAAAGAAAACAUUUAUUGUAAAAUAUGACAUUAAUUCUAAACACCCUUUUAACACAACAUAACAAAAAAAUUGGAAAAUUAAUUAAUUUUCAAAUAAAAUUAUAAAUCUAAAAUUAUAAAAA